AUAAGCUUCAUAAUUGGGGUUGGUAGUGGCCGAAAACAAAUAACUCUGUGCAUCUUUGCAUCUACUAUAUGUUAAAAUUGUGCCUGUGUUAAUCAACAGGUCGGACAGAUUCCCAAGAGCCUACUCCUCGUGACCCGUUUUGCCUCCCUCCUCCGACAAUGUCCGAUGACCGCCUCUACUUGUUCGUCAUUGACGUCGGGCUCAAUACUCCUAACUUUAUGGAUGCUGCUAAUGCAGGCCGUGUUCUUUUCGCCAACCCAAAUGAGCACUCUCGACUGCGAACGCUGAUCAAAGACCAACACCUACCUGAUGGUAUUGAUGUCUCUUUGCGGACGGCCAGGAUCUUCUGGGGCAGUAUGGGGAUGCCCAAUCUGCCCAACGGAGCGGUGUUCAGUUGUGGGCUAGACGGAACAGCUGUUGAGACCAUUCUUCCCCGGGGCUCGGUGCACACUCCAAAACAACUUGUAGUUGAUGACGAGGGCUCUAAAAUCUAUAUUGCGGACCGGGAAGGGAUGAAAAUCAUUCGCUGCAACUUGGACGGCUCGCAGCUAGAGGUCCUAGUGCACACGGGCGACGAAAGUAACUCGCGGGAGAAGACAGACCCAACUAGGUGGUGUGUGGGAGUUGCUAUAUCUCGCCCAGCUGGCAAGCUCUAUUGGACUCAAAAGGGGCCCUCCAAGGGAAACCAAGGCCGGAUCUUUCGCGCUAAUCUCGAUUUUCUCCCCGGCCAAACCGCAAAGAGUCGGACAGACAUAGAAUGUCUAUUACAGAACUUACCAGAGCCCAUCAAUCUUUGUGUUGACGAAGGAGGGCGCAGUCUUUACUGGACGGAUCGCGGAGAGCUGCCGUUGGGAAACAGCAUCAACAGAUUAUCACUAGACGCCGCGAGGCCUAUCAAGACGGAGAGCAAUGUCGUUAGCUGGCCCGGGAGAGACUACGAGUUGCUCGUAAGAAACAUGCACGAGGCCAUUGGUAUUAAACUAGAUAUCAACAGGCAGUAUAUUUAUGCAACCGACCUCGGUGGUCGCAUAUACAGGUUCAAUAUGGAUGGCGGCGAGGAAGAGAUAUUUUACGAAAACGAGGGGUCAUACGCGGGCAUCACAAUAGUAUAAGUGAGGUUAUAGGUUACUUGUGGGUGUACGGUUACUUGCGGCUAUCGCGCUCAGGUUUCCUAGGAAAUAAUUAUAUUACCUUGCGUUUCUACG